ACUCACUGCUCUGCGUCCACGGGCCAGCCGGAGUCUCACAGCGCCUCGACGGGACAGUGUGCCUCAGGACACUAAUCCCCCCCCCACACACACACCCAGCACGCACCCACACAUUGCGCCUGCACCUGGGGGUGACUGCACAGGAUGGCCCAGGUCAGCGAGCUGGGCCAGCUUGAGGACGGCGAGGACGAGAGGCCCAAAUGGGACAACAAGGUGCAGUACUUACUGAGCUGCAUCGGCUUUGCAGUGGGGCUGGGCAACAUAUGGAGGUUUCCGUACCUGUGCCAGACCUACGGAGGAGGGGCCUUCCUCAUCCCCUACUUCAUCGCCCUGGUUUUUGAGGGGAUCCCUCUCUUCCACAUUGAGCUUGCCAUCGGCCAACGCCUGCGGAGGGGCAGCCUCGGAGUGUGGAUGGCCAUCUCCCCUUACCUCGGCGGAGUAGGCCUGGGCUGCUUUACCGUGUCCUUCCUGGUCAGCCUGUACUACAACACUGUCCUCGUCUGGGUCCUGUGGUUCUUUCUCAACUCCUUCCAGCACCCGCUGCCUUGGAGUACCUGCCCGCUGGAUCUUAACAGAACAGGGUUUGUGCCAGAGUGCCAGGGCAGCGGCACCGUGAGCUACUUCUGGUACCGGCAGACGCUGAACAUCUCGGCUGACAUCAGUGACAGCGGUACCUUCCAGUGGUGGCUGUUCCUUUGCAUGGUGGCCUGCUGGGCGAUUGUGUACCUGUGUGUCAUCAGAGGCAUUGAGUCAACAGGGAAGGCGAUCUACUUCACAGCUCUCUUUCCUUACCUGGUGCUGACCAUCUUUCUCGUCAGAGGCCUGACUCUGCCGGGGGCAGCAGAGGGCUUGACCUACCUGUUCACUCCCAAGAUGCAAACGCUCCAGAAUCCCCGGGUGUGGCUGGACGCGGCCACCCAGAUCUUCUUCUCUCUCUCGCUGGCCUUCGGAGGACACAUUGCUUUCGCAAGCUACAACCCGCCCAGGAACAACUGCAAGAAAGACGCCGUGACCAUCGCCCUGGUCAACAGCAUGACCUCCCUCUACGCGUCCAUUAUAAUCUUCUCUGUCCUGGGCUUUAAGGCAACCAACGACUAUGGGCAGUGUCUGGACAGAAACAUCCUGAGCCUCAUCAACGAGUUUGACUUCCCAGAGCAGAGCAUCCCUAGAGACGACUACCCCACUGUCCUCCUGCACCUGAAUGCCACCCAGCCAGAGAGGGUAGCCCGGCUCCCCCUGAAGGCUUGCCACCUGGAAGAUUUUCUGGAUAAGAGUGCCUCAGGCCCGGGCCUGGCUUUCAUCAUCUUUACGGAGGCUGUCCUGAACAUGCCAGGGGCCACCGGGUGGGCCAUACUCUUUUUUGGAAUGCUGUUCACGUUGGGCCUGUCCUCCAUGUUCGGGAAUAUGGAGGGCGUCAUCACGCCACUCCUGGACAUGGGAAUCUUGCCCAAAGGCAUCCCCAAGGAAGCUCUGACAGGGCUGGUCUGCCUGAUGUGCUUCCUGUCAGCCACCUGCUUCACGCUGCAGUCUGGGAGCUACUGGCUGGAGAUCUUUGACAACUUCGCAGCUUCUCUCAACUUGAUCAUUUUUGCAUUCUUCGAGGUGGUCGGGGUCAUUUACGUGUACGGAAUGAAGCGGUUCUGUGACGACAUCGAAUGGAUGACUGGGCAGCGGCCCGGCCUGUACUGGCGGGUGGCGUGGUACGUAGUGAGCCCACUGUUGCUACUCAGCAUCUUCCUCGCGUACAUCAUUCUCCUGGCCCACAAGGCACCCAGCUACAAGGCCUGGAACCCGCAAUACGAACAAUUUCCCUUGAAACAGGAGAAGCUCUACCCAGGCUGGGUCCAGGUCAUCUGUGUGCUCCUGUCCUUCCUGCCCUCACUGUGGGUCCCAGGAGUCGCGUUGGCCCAGCUACUGUGCCGGCAGAGACAGAAGUGGAAGGACGCCCAGCUGGAGAGUGGUCUGAAGCUACAGAAUGGAAGACACUGCUGAGUGGCUGAGCCACUGCAUGGGUUGGGUGAGGGGCACGGGCCUCUGGCCACUCAGAACUGGCUUUCCACUGCUGAGUAAACACGAUCGCUGCUUUGCCCUAUUCUAUGGGUCCCAGGCAGCUGCAAGGUG